AUGGAUGAAUCUGCACUGACCCUUGGCACAAUAGAUGUUUCUUACCUGCCAAAUUCAUCAGAAUACAGUGUUGGUCGAUGUAAGCAUGCAAACGAGGAAUGGGGUGAGUGUGGUUUCAGACCUACUGUCUUCAGAUCUGCAACCUUAAAAUGGAAAGAAAGCCUAAUGAGCCGGAAAAGGCCAUUUGUUGGAAGAUGUUGUUAUUCCUGUACUCCCCAGAGCUGGGAUAAAUUUUUCAACUCCAGUAUCCCAUCUUUGGGUUUGCGGAAUGUUAUUUAUAUCAAUGAAACUCACACAAGGCAUCGAGGAUGGCUUGCAAGACGUCUUUCUUAUGUGCUUUUUGUUCAAGAGCGAGAUGUCCAUACAGGCAUGUUUGCCGCCAACGUGACGGAAAAUGUCCUGAACAGCAGUAGAGUACAGGAGGCAAUUGCAGAAGUGGCUGCUGAAUUAAAUCCUGAUGGUUCUGCCCAGCAGCAGUCAAAAGCCAUCAAUAAAGUGAAAAAGAAAGCCAAAAGGAUCCUUCAAGAAAUGGUUGCCACUGUCUCACCAACGAUGAUCAGACUGACGGGAUGGGUGUUGCUCAAACUGUUCAACAGCUUCUUUUGGAAUAUUCAAAUUCACAAAGGCCAACUUGAGAUGGUUAAAGCUGCAACUGAGAUGAAUUUGCCACUUCUGUUUCUACCAGUUCACAGAUCACACAUUGAUUAUCUGCUGCUCACGUUCAUUCUCUUCUGCCAUAACAUCAAGGCGCCAUACAUCGCUUCCGGCAACAAUCUCAACAUUCCCAUCUUCAGUACCUUGAUCCAUAAGCUUGGGGGCUUUUUCAUCCGACGAAGGCUAGAUGAAACACCAGAUGGGAGGAAGGAUAUUCUCUAUAGAGCUUUGCUCCACGGGCAUAUAGUUGAACUACUUCGACAGCAGCAAUUCUUAGAGAUUUUUCUGGAAGGCACACGCUCUAGGAGUGGGAAAACCUCCUGUGCUCGGGCAGGACUUUUGUCAGUUGUGGUUGAUACGCUGUCUACCAAUACCAUCCCAGACAUCUUGAUCAUACCUGUUGGAAUCUCCUAUGAUCGCAUCAUUGAAGGUCACUACAAUGGCGAACAACUGGGAAAACCUAAGAAGAACGAGAGCCUUUGGAGCGUAGCUAGAGGCGUUAUCAGAAUGUUACGAAAAAACUACGGAUGUGUCAGAGUGGAUUUUGCACAACCAUUUUCCUUAAAGGAAUAUUUAGAAAGCCAGAGUCAGAAACCCGCAUCUGCUCCACUCUCCCUGGAGCAGGCAUUGCUACCAGCCAUCCUUCCUCCAAGACCCAGUGAUGCUGCUGAUGAAGGUGCAGACACAUCUGUUACCGAGCCCAGAAAUGCAACAGGUGAAUCCUUCCGAAGAAGAUUAAUUGCCAAUCUGGCCGAGCACAUCCUCUUCACUGCUAGCAAGUCCUGUGCCAUUAUGUCAACACACAUCGUGGCCUGCCUGCUCCUCUACAGACACAGGCAGGGAAUUGAUCUCUCCACAUUAGUGGAGGACUUCUUUGUGAUGAAGGAGGAAGUCCUGGCUCGAGAUUUUGACCUGGGGUUCUCAGGAAACUCCGAAGAUGUAGUUAUGCACGCCAUCCAGCUGCUGGGAAAUUGUGUCACGAUCACUCACACCAGCAGGAACGAUGAGUUUUUUAUUACUCCUAGCACAACUGUCCCAUCAGUCUUUGAACUCAACUUCUACAGCAACGGGGUACUCCACGUCUUCAUCAUGGAGGCCAUCAUAGCCUGCAGCCUUUAUGCGGUUCUGCACAAGAGGGGCUCCGGAGGGUCUGCGGGAACGUCCCCUAACUUGAUCAGCCAGGAGCAGCUCGUGCGGAAGGCCGCCAGCCUGUGCUAUCUGCUCUCUAAUGAAGGCACCAUAGCUCUUCCCUGCCAGACAUUUUACCAAAUUUGCCACGAGACAGUAGGAAGGUUUAUCCAGUAUGGCAUUCUCACAGUGGCAGAGCAAGAUGACCAAGAAGAUACUAGUCCUGGUCUCGCUGAGCAGCAGUGGGACAAGAAGCUUCCGGAGCCUUUGUCUUGGAGAAGCGAUGAAGAAGAUGAAGACAGUGAUUUUGGUGAGGAGCAGCGAGAUUGCUACCUGAAGGUGAGCCAGUCCAAGGAGCACCAGCAGUUCAUCACCUUCCUGCAGAGGCUCCUGGGGCCCCUGUUGGAGGCCUAUAGCUCUGCCGCCAUCUUCAUCCACAACUUCGCCGGCCCGGUUCCGGAGCCAGAGUAUCUGCAGAAGUUGCACAAAUACCUGAUCGCCAGGACGGAAAGAAGCGUCGCUGUGUAUGCCGAGAGUGCCACUUACUGCCUUGUGAAGAAUGCUGUGAAAAUGUUCAAGGAUAUUGGGGUUUUCAAAGAGACCAAACAAAAGAGAGUGUCUGUUUUAGAACUCAGCAGCACGUUUCUACCUCAGUGCAACCGGCAAAAACUCCUAGAAUACAUUCUGAGCUUCGUGGUGCUGUAG